CUUGCAGGUAUCAAGAGCGGCAAGACGCCCGGCUUCGAGGAGAUCUACAACAACACCGGCCCGACCAACACGACCGUGUACUGCGGCGGCUUUCCGCCGAACACCAUCUCGGACAACCUGAUCAAGACGCACUUUGGCCAGUUCGGGUCGAUCCACGACGUGCGGGUGUUCAAGGACAAGGGCUACGCGUUCAUCAAGUUCAUCUCGAAGGAGGCGGCGGCCCGCGCCAUCGAGGGCACCCACAACAGCGAGGUGCAGGGCCACCCGGUCAAGUGCUACUGGGGCAAGGAAAAUGGGGGUGAGAUGGCCCACAACGGGAUCAAUGCGGCCGCCAUCGCCGCCUCCGGGAUGGUGGGCAUCGGGAUCAACAGCAUAGGCGGAAAUCCGCUGCAGGCGGGCCAGAAUGCGAUGCAGAAUGCGGUGGCUGCGGCUGCGGCCGCCCAGCAGCACGGUGCCAAUCAGCAGCUGUCGGCGCAGGCGGCGGCGGCGGCGGCCAACAGCGCGCAGUAUCCGUACUCGGCGGCGUACGGUCACAUGGGUUACUGGUAUCCGGGUGGCUACCCGCAGAUGCAGGCACAGUACAUGCAGCAGGGCUACGCGACCUACCCGUACGCGUACGCCGCUGCCAGUCCACAACAGCAGGCCACCGGUGGUUAUCGCAUGAUGCAGCCAAACAUGGCGGCCGCCGGCUGGGGCAUGCAGACCGUUCCCACGGUGGCUACGAACGGGGCGGCCGCGGCAGCAGCCCUCCAGCAGGCUGCUGCUGCCUCCUCCCAGCAACCGAUGAUGUACGCCACAAUGCCCCAGUUCCAGACGCAAUGA